AAUGCUAAAAACACAAAAGAAGCAAACCAGGACGAUCAGGAGACGUCUCAGUCCUCCGCUCGUCUGGAAUUCCCUGGCAAAGGCCCCGCGUUGCCGCGUUGCGGUGUUUGAAACGGCGGCGUAUAUUUUGGGGUCUGCUGGUGAUGGGCGAUGAGAAGUCGUCGUCGUCGACUAUAAUGGCGAGCAGAGACAGAGAACCGCGAGAUCGUGAGCUUCUCAUUCCCGUGGCUGACUCCACCGAUGAAGAUGCUUCUUUCAAACCCUCUUCGUCUUCCUCUAUUUCGCACCACACCGGCCGCGAGACUUUUUCCAAAGUAGUUAGAAGUUGGGCAUCAAAAAAGUUCAUGACCGGAUGUGUGAUCCUGUUUCCGAUAGCAAUCACUUUCUAUAUAACGUGGUGGUUUAUUCACUUUGUGGAUAGCUUCUUCUCCCCAAUCUAUGCUCAACUUGGAAUCAACAUUUUUGGUCUUGGAUUUGUCACUUCCAUUACGUUCAUAUUUCUUGUUGGCGUGUUCAUGUCAUCAUGGUUGGGUGCAUCUGUCCUGGGCCUUGGUGAGUGGUUCAUCAAAAGAAUGCCGUUUGUUCGUCAUAUCUACAAUGCCUCCAAGCAGAUUAGUUCUGCCAUAUCCCCAGAUCAAAACACGCAAGCCUUCAAGGAAGUGGCCAUCAUAAGGCAUCCACGCAUUGGUGAAUAUGCAUUUGGGUUCAUAACUUCAUCGGUUGUCCUUCAGAGCUAUUCUGGAGAUGAAGAGUUGUGCUGUGUUUAUGUUCCCACGAACCAUCUUUACAUUGGCGAUGUAUUCUUGGUCAACACCAAGGAUGUCAUUAGACCAAAUUUAUCUGUACGGGAAGGAAUUGAAAUUGUUGUUUCUGGAGGCAUGUCAAUGCCCCAGAUCCUGUCAACACUCGAUAACCGGAUUAUGCCAAUGGAUAGCUGAGUGAAGGUGUUAGAUGUAGAAGAGUUGCUUCUUUAUUACCUUUUUUUUGGUUCCUUAAUGUCAUCAGACUGGCCUUCCAAUCUGUGGUGCUUAUGCAGGAUUUAGAACCAGAUCGUCAAGGGUCAGAUUCUGGCGACAUUUGUAACAUCAGUUGUGAUGUCAGAAUGUAGAAUUUUAGUGUUUGCUUGAAAUAUAGUUUUGAUUGAUAAAAUGAUAUAACAGGCUUAUUUAUAGCCUUUUUGAUUUUCAGAUUGCUUCUCCACUUUUA